AUGGAGAGCGCCGUCCAGGGGUCGGGGCCGUGGCCUCCAUUCCGGCUCCUCCUUCUCCGGGUGGCGGCGAUGCUAGGGACGCUCGUGCCACAGGCCUACACCCUGAGCCCGGAGAGCCUCCUACUGGUGGCCACCUUGGAUGGAAGCCUGCACGCUCUCAACAAAGACACGGGGGACUUGAUGUGGACCUUGAAGGAUGAUCCCAUUAUCCAAGGACCAAUGUAUGUCACAGAAACGGCCUUUCUCUCUGACCCAGCUGACGGCAGCUUGUACAUCUUGGGGACCCAGAAGCAACAGGGGUUAAUGAAACUUCCAUUCAGUAUCCCAGAGCUGGUGCAUGCCUCCCCCUGCCGCAGCUCCGAUGGGGUCUUCUACACAGGCCGGAAACAGGAUGCCUGGUUUGUGGUGGAUCCUGAGUCAGGGGAGACCCAGCUGACCUUGACCACCGACGGUCCCUCUACUCCCCGCCUCUACAUUGGCCGAACACAGUACACAGUUACCAUGCAUGACCCCCGGGCCCGGGCCCUGCGCUGGAACACCACCUAUCGCCGCUACUCAGCAGCCCCCAUGGAUGGCUCACCUGGGAAAUACAUGAGCCACCUGGCAUCCUGCGGGAUGGGCCUGUUGCUGACGGUAGACCCUAGCAGUGGCAUGGUGCUAUGGACACAAGACCUGGGUGUGCCUGUAACAGGCGUGUACACCUGGCACCAGGAUGGCCUACGGCAACUACCCCAUCUCACCCUGGCUCGGGAUACCCUGCACUUCCUCGCUCUCCGCUGGGGCCACAUCCGACUGCCAGCCGCGGGCCCCCAGGAUGCAGCCACUCGCUUCUCCGCCUUGGACACUCAGCUUCUGAUGACACUGUAUGUGGGAAAGGAUGACGCUGGCUUCUAUGUAUCCAAAGCACUGGUUCACACUGGGGUGGCCCUUGUGCCUCGUGGAUUGAGCUUGGCCCCCACAAAUGGCCCCACCACCGAGGAGGUGACAGUCCAAGUCUCGGGGGAGCGAGAAGGCUCGCCCAGCACGGCUGUCAGAUACCCUUCAGGCAGCGUGGCUCUCCCCAGCCAGUGGCUGCUCAUUGGUCACCACGAGCCACCCCCCGUCCUGCACACCACCAUGCUGAGGGUUCAGCCCAAUUCAGGGAGUGGGUCUGCAGAGACAAGGCCCCCAGAGAGCACCCAUGCCCCAGCGCUGUUCCUGGAGCUCCUAAGCCUGAGCCGAGAGGAACCCUGGAACCUUGAGCUGCAUCGAGAAGAGGGCACUCCAACCUCUGCUCCAGGGCUGGGCCCUCAAGACCUGCUGGCAGCCAGCCUCACCGCCAUCCUGCUGGGGGGCUGGAUCCUCCUCUUGAUGAGGCAGCAACAGCAGCUGAUGGAGAAGCAGCAGGAGACGUCCCUGCCAGUCCCAGGCUCUUCUCGCAGUUCACAGGAAACCCAGGCCACCCUACAGGGCCAGAAGAGACUUUUUCAAAGCCCCACAGAACAAACCCAGCCAUGUGGUGACUCCGAAGCUGAGCAGCUCACCGUGGUGGGGAAGAUUUCUUUCGACCCCAAGGACGUGCUGGGCCGCGGGGCCGGCGGGACUUUCGUGUUCCGGGGACAGUUUGAGGGUCGGGCGGUGGCUGUCAAGCGGCUUCUCCGCGAAUGCUUCAGCCUGGUGCAGCGGGAGGUGCAGCUGCUGCAGGAGUCCGACCGGCACCCCAAUGUGCUCCGCUACUUCUGCACCGAACGGGGACCCCAGUUCCAUUACAUCGCCCUGGAGCUCUGCAAGGCUUCCUUGCAGGAGUAUGUGAAGAGCCCUGACGACACGGAGCGCUGGGGGCUGGGGCCGAAGAUGGUGCUGCAGCAGCUGAUGUCCGGCCUGUCUCACCUUCAUGCCUUGCACAUAGUGCACCGGGACCUCAAGCCAGGUAACAUCCUCAUUGCUGGGCCUGACAGCCAGGGUCAAGGCAGGGUGGUCCUCUCGGAUUUUGGCCUCUGCAAGAAGUUGCCUGCAGGCCGCCGUAGCUUCAGCCUUCGCUCGGGCAUCCCUGGCACAGAAGGCUGGAUGGCACCCGAACUCCUGAAGCAACCCCCGGGCAGCCCAACCAGCGCCGUGGACAUCUUCUCUGCAGGCUGCGUGUUCUACUACGUGCUUUCUGGCGGCAGCCACCCCUUCGGGGAGAGCCUGUAUCGCCAAGCCAACAUUCUUGCAGGGGCACCGUCUCUAGUUCACCUGGAGGAAGAGGCCCAUGACAAGGUUGUUGCCCGGGACCUGGUGGAAGCCAUGCUGAGCCCGCGGCCCCAGGCGCGCCCCUCUGCCUCGCAGGUGCUGGUCCACCCCUUCUUCUGGAGCACAGCCAAGCAGCUCCAGUUCUUCCAGGACGUCAGCGACUGGCUGGAGAAGGAGUCCGAGCAGGGACCGCUGGUGGCGGCACUGGAGGCAGGCGGCUGCGCGGUGGUCAGGCACAACUGGCACGGGCACAUCUCGGUGCCACUGCAGACAGAUCUUAGGCGGUUCCGGUCGUAUAAGGGGACGUCCGUGCGAGACCUACUCCGUGCUAUGAGGAACAAGAAACAUCACUACAGGGAGCUCCCCGCAGAGGUGCAGCAGACGCUGGGCCAGGUCCCUGACAGCUUCGUGCAAUACUUCACAAGCCGCUUCCCCCGCCUGCUGCUGCACACGCACCGGGCCAUGCGCAGCUGUGCUUCCCAAAGCCUUUUCUCGCCCUAUUACCCACCAGCCUCAGAGGCCGGGGAGCCAUGCCCAGGGGCUGCCGGGAGCUGA